AUGGCUCCUCAUCCAGUUCUUUCUUCACCCGGUCAAAUGUUUUGUCCAUCAAAUGAUAUUUCCAUGACAAAUUAUGAAAACAGUGUCUCGUUUCAGUCGGUUUUGUUAAACGCCUUGGCAUUGGCCGACCGUCGACACCAUCAUCAGAAUCAUCUCAGUCGUGAACAAGUACCAUUUACUUUGAACAGCUUUCUUAGUCAACAGCACAAUCAUUUGGUCGAAGCACAGCCACAACAACAAUUUUAUCCAAAUUCUGAUAACCUCCAGUUACAAAAAAUGACAGAAUUAUCUUUCUUGGAAAAUUUCAUGAAGGAUCAUGAUUCGACAAACGGUCAUCCUUUAAUGAAUUUUAUAUCUGCAGCUGCCAAUCAGUCAGAGAAUUCAAAUACUUUGCCAUUUCCAAAUUUUGCGUUGACUGCAUCCUUGACCAAAGCUAUCAGUACUAGUUCAGGUACAUUAGGUUCACAAGUACUACCGAUAUGUGCUCCUCUAUUGCAAUUGGCUAUACGUCAAGCUAUUAAUGAAUGCUUUCCAAAUUUUCCAAAUUUACAUAUCAAAGGUACACUGAACAUAUCAGUAAACGAUGAUCAAAAUCGGAAUGAUACUAAUCUAUCCAAUACUCCUAACAGUCAUCAAAUCAGUAGUGCAACAACUCUGUACUUCAAUGAAGAUUAUGAUUCACCUAUGAAGUCAUUGAAAUCAAAAUUUGAUGAUUCAUGCGUUAAACAAGAAGUCAAUGGUAAUGAUAGUAACAAUUGUUCUAACGAUGAUGUAUUAUACAGAGAUGGUGCACAUUUCCAUUCUUCACGUCGUAAACCAUUGCAUCCUAGUAAGUGUUUUUAUCCAUCAGACCUUGUAUUCAAUACUAGCCGUGAUAAUGUUCCAAGUGAACAGUGUGAAAAUGGUUUGAAUUUACUACACAUCAAUAAUUUCACAAGUCCAUUAUUGUCAACCUCAAGUCCAACUAGUCCGUCAUCUGACUCUGGUGUAUUGGACUUGUCUCGUAGUGGUUCAUUGGCUGGAUCAGCACCGAUUACUCCAUUAAAAGAUUUCAAUAUUAAUGGAAAUAACAAUAAUAGUAGUAACAAUAAUGAAUUGCAAUGCAACCGCGAACAAGACAUAUUAGAAUCUUAUCAAAAACAGCUAGCUGCAUUUAGUCAAAUACAAGCUGUAUGGAAGAUGUCUACAGGUUAUAACAAUGGUGAGGCAUUUAGCGAUAAUUUCCUGAAAUUCGCUUCCAAUGAUACCAACAGUAUUAAUAGUAGUAAUAAUGAUGGUUAUAAUACUUUACAACAACCUCAUUCUGAACCAAAUACACCAAGUAAAGGAGGGCGCCGUGUACGUUCACUGAUUGGUCCAAAUGGUCGACUGACAAAUGUACGGCGUACCAGCUCAAAUCGUCGUUUUCCAUGUAACCAAUGUAAAGAAGAAUUCCCAUCAUUGCAUACAUUGGAACAACAUACUUUAGGUCAGCAUGGUACUUACAGAUGUCAUAUUUGUAGAGCACAAUUUACUCAGCGUUCUAAUUUACAACGUCAUGCGCUGAAACAUGUCGGUUUUAAACCAUUUGAAUGUCGUGUCUGUUCUAAAGCCUACUAUCGUAAAGAUCAUUUAAUGCGUCAUAUGGAAAUGGGACAUCCGGGGUAUACUCCACGAGAUAAUAUCACAGUGCAUCUAACAUCAUCAGAAAGUCUUGAUUUCUUGAAUCGAUCAACAACUAGUGGACCUGAAACUCAUUCAAUUGUUGAUUCAACUCAAUCCUUGGAAAAUAAUCAUGAAAGCGUAGAAGAUGAUGAAAUUGGUCAACAUUCUACGUCUUCUAUGAAUCAUUUCAAUCCUGCAGACACUGAGUUUUCUCCACUACAAGAAAAAACAAUUGCCUCAAUACCAGAAGAGAUAUCAUUGAUAUCUGAGUCUAACGAAACAUUUCAAUGA